AAAAAUUAAGGUGGACCAUCUUUCCUGGGUUGACAAAUUCUUUUUACUGAAAUAAGGAAUUCCAGCUUCAGAUCACAUGGGAUGAGAUAUAACAUUAAACUAUACCCACUAUUCAUUGUCCAUAUAACCUUCUCCAAUUCUGUCUCCAGAAGUUGAUUAGAGCAAAAGGAAGGAUGGAGUCCCAAGGGAGAGUUCUUGCCUUCUUCAAGGUUUAUCUGCCUACAUCAGCAAAGAAAAUGCAUUCAGAAAAUCCCCAUAGAUUAUGCAAGAUAUAUGAAAGAAAGGAUACCACCGACUUUGUUUCUAAGGCAUCAGGAUGGUAAAAUUUGGAAGGUGCGUGUUGAAAAAAAUGGGAGUGACUUCUAUCUCUGUGGCGGUUGGGAAAAUUACGUUAGAGAUAAUUCUUUAGAAACAGGGGAUUUCCUGGUGUUUCAGUAUGAUGGGCAUAGCUUUUACGACAUAACUUUGCUCGGCCGCAAUGGUUGUGCAAAGAGAGUGGUCGAAAUGGAUGAAGAAGAGGAGGAAGAAACAGAGGAAAAUGUGAAUGAAGCAGAUAAAGAAACGCAAGUGGAAGUUGAAAUUGAAGAAGAGGAAUACAGGGAACCUGAUGGAGAAGAUCAAUCAUCUUCCACAGAGUCAAUGGAGUCCAAAAUGUCCAAAUGGUCCUUUACAUUUGGGCCUACUUGAAUUUACGUUCCUAACAUUAACAUUUCAAUAUCGUAGUCCCAAACAUUAUGUUUUCAAACUUUUUUUUGUCC